AUGCUCCUCAGCCAGCUGACCACAGUUCUGAGCCUGCUCAGUGGAGCGUGCCUACCCACAGGCUUGGGGAGGCCUGGACCCCAGGGUUCCACACCUCCGCCCUGGGCUGCCACAAAUCAGACCCGACCUCUGGGCCGAAGGGCCCAGGCCUCCCCAGGGCCAUCGUCUGCGCUCAGCAGCUGGAAGGCCUUCCUGGACCUGCAGAAAACCAGGCGUAUGGGGAGCGGUGGGCUGCAGCACGAGCAGGAAGCAGCCACCGCCAUGUCUCUCCCGCUGGACCCGCAGGAGGUAGCCCAGGAGAGCUGUAAGGCUGUGCCCUUCACGCAGGUGCUCUCCCGGCCGGGGUGCACGCCUCUGCGCCUCCGUAACCGCCUCUGCGUGGGCCACUGCUCCUCGCUCUACGUCCCUGGUGCAGACCCUGCCCCGUUCGUCCUCUGCAACAGCUGUGUGCCCGCCAGAGGGCACUGGGUGCCCGUGUUCCUGUGGUGCCGGGCGGGCAGCCCCGCCUCCCGCCGCCGGCGGCGGGUGAAGACAUACACGGUGCUGGUCGAGAGGUGUCAGUGCAGCCCGAAGGCGUGA